AUGAGUCACACUAAAUGCUUGAGUAAAAUAAAUGGAAAAUCUAACUUGCUUAUUAUUUUUAAAUCAAAGAGUGGUAAUAUUUUUGGUGGCUAUUCUUGUUAAUGGUUAUAAAAACAAAAUGGUUAUGUUUAAUUUGAUACAUUAUCAUCUUUCUUAUUUUCUUAAACCCAUAAUUAAUUUUAUUCACUUAAGGAAGCAAACAAAGCUCAUGCUAUUUAUAGACCUUCCUCUUAUAAUCCAUCAUUUGGAAAUGGUUACGAUAUUUAUAUUGGCUCUGAUUUUACAAAUGGCUCAUCUAGUUUAGGAACUGCUUAUCAAAUUGACAAAUACGAUAUUUAAGAUCACACCACUCAUUUAUUUGGGCAAUCAACUCCUAAUUUAGAAGAAUACGAAAUAUUAAAAUGA